CAUCGCUCCGCGCCCCGCGCAUCGCCCCGCACCAUGGCUCUGCUGCUGCACCUCCGCACCGUCUCCGGCCUCCGCGGCAAAGCCGAUCGCAUCGCCAAAGCGGCUUUCCGAGGGCUCUCCUUCUACACCCGAGUGCUUGAAAACUGCGAGGACGAGGCCAGGUUUGACGAGACCUUCCGCUGGCCGGUGGCAAGCAAUAUCGACGGGAAUGAGAUCCUGGAGAUCCAGGUGUUCAACUACAGCAAAGUCUUCUCCAACAGGCUCAUUGGCACUUUCCAGAUGGUCCUGCAAAAGGUGGUGGAGGAAGGGCAGGUGGAGGUGACAGACACGCUCAUAGACGACAAUAACUCAGCCAUUCAGACCAGCAUCUCCAUAGAGAUCAGGUACCAGGCUCUGGACGGGACAGUGGGCACGUGGAAUGACAAGGAGUUCCUGGAGACCCCCAGCGUCCACUCAGAGGGGGAUGGCAGGUACCCCUUAGAGACAGACAGUCUCCUCUCCAGCCACCGGCAGGGCUUGGACAUCUCUCCAGGCAAAUCCAACCAGCAGUCCGCGGAGAGGAGCUUCAGAAGAGCUGGGAAAGGAGUUUUUUCAGCCAUGAAGCUUGGCAAGACGCGCCCGACAAAGGAUGACCAUCGGAAGCAAGAUGAACCUGCUGUUUUGGAGGCAGAAGACCUGGACCAAAAAGCCAUGAGACUGGGAGGAGGACUGGAGCCGGACACCAUCUCCUUGGCCUCUGUCACAGCUGUCACCACCAAUGUCUCGAAUAAGAGGUCCAAGCCUGACAUCAAAAUGGAGCCGAGUGCUGGGAGGCCAAUGGACUACCAGGUCAGCAUCACCGUCAUCGAGGCCCGGCAGCUGGUCGGGCUCAACAUGGACCCCAUGGUCUGCGUGGAGGUCGGAGAGGAAAAAAAAUACACGUCCAUGAAGGAAUCGACCACUUGUCCCUACUACAAUGAGUACUUCGUCUUCGAUUUCCACGUCCCCCCGGAUGUCAUGUUUGACAAGAUCAUCAAGCUGUCCGUGAUCCACUCAAAAAACCUCUUGCGCAGUGGGACUUUGGUAGGCUCCUUCAAGAUGGACGUUGGAACCGUUUAUACCCAACCUGAGCACCAGUUCUACCACAAAUGGGCCAUCCUUUCCGACCCCGAGGAUCUCACUGCUGGACUGAAAGGCUACCUGAAGUGUGACAUCGCUGUGGUAGGAAAAGGGGACAACAUCAAGACACCACACAAAUCCAAUGAGACAGAAGAGGAAGAUAUUGAAGGGAACCUCCUCCUCCCGGAUGGGGUCCCUGCAGAGAGGCAGUGGGCUCGUUUCUACAUCAAGAUCUAUCGAGCGGAGGGAUUGCCCCGUAUGAACACCAGCAUCAUGGCCAACGUGAAGAAGGCUUUCAUCGGGGACAACAAGGACUUGGUAGACCCCUACGUGCAAGUGCUCUUUGCAGGGCAGAAGGGGAAGACAUCCAUACAAAAAAGCAGCUAUGAGCCUCUCUGGAACGAGCAAAUAAUCUUCACAGAAAUGUUCCCCCCAUUGUGCAAGCGGAUAAAGAUCCAGAUCCGAGACUCGGACAAAGUCAAUGAUGUGGCCAUCGGUACCCAUUUCAUUGAUUUGCGGAAGAUCUCUAACGAAGGAGACAAAGGCUUCCUGCCCACCUUUGGCCCCGCGUGGGUGAACAUGUACGGCUCCACGCGGAGCUACACCCUGAUGGACGAGCACCAAGAGCUGAACGAGGGUCUGGGCGAAGGCGUCUCCUUCCGGGCCAGGCUUUUGAUCAGUCUUGGCGUGGAGAUCUUGGACACCAGCAACCCAGAGAUCAACAGCUCCACCGAGGUGCAAGUCGAGCAGGCCUCAUCUAUUGUUGACAACUGCGCAGGGAAGAUGGAGGAGUUCUUUCUCUUUGGAGCCUUCCUGGAAGCUACCAUGAUCGACAGGAAGAUCGGUGACAAACCCAUCAACUUCGAGGUCACAAUAGGUAACUAUGGGAACCAGGCCGAUGGCGUGACCAAACCCGUCCUGCGAAAGAAGAAAGAGGGAGGAGACGGGGAUGAGGAGGAGUCUGAGCUGCUCCAGAACUCGAGCGAGGAUGAAGGCGAUGAGGAUGGAGAGCUGGUCUCUGUUUCUUCAUCUCAACCCGUGAAGCCCCUGGUCACAGACAGGAACUACUUCCACCUGCCGUACUUUGAGAAGAAGCCCUGCAUCUACAUCAAGAGCUGGUGGCAGGACCAGCGCCGCAGAUUGUAUAACUCCAACAUCAUGGACAAGAUUGCAGACAAGCUGGAGGAAGGGCUCAACGACGUGCAGGAAAUGAUCAAGACGGAGAAACCGCACCCGGAGCGCCGGCUCCGAGGGGUCCUGGAGGAGCUGAGCAGUGGGUGCUUGCGCUUCAUGACGUUGGCUGACAAGGACCAGCACCACUCUUCCCGCACGAGGUUGGACCGGGAGAGACUCAAGUCUUGCAUGCAGGAGCUGGAGAACAUGGGGCAGCAAGCCGCCACUCUGCGGUCGCAGGUGAAGAAGAACACCGUGAAAGACAAGCUGAAGCUGGUGCAAAACUUCCUGCAGAAACUCCGGUUCUUGGCAGACGAGCCCCAGCACACUAUUCCUGACAUCUUCAUCUGGAUGAUGAGCAACAACAAGCGCAUUGCCUACGCCCGCGUCCCUUCCAAGGAUAUCCUCUACUCCAUUGUGGAUGAGGAGAUGGGCAAGGACUGCGCCAAAGUGAAGACCGUCUUCCUCAAGCUCCCUGGGAAGAGGGGCUUUGGACCUGCUGGCUGGACAGUUCAGGCCAAGAUGGAGAUAUACUUGUGGCUGGGCCUCAACAAACAGCGCAAAGACUUCUUGAGUGGCCUGCCGUGUGGCUUUGAGGAGAAGAAGACUGCCAGAGGCCAAAAGCUGCCAUCCUUCCCACCCAUCAGCCUUCUUUACACCAAAAAGCAGGUUUUCCAGUUGCGAGCCCACAUGUACCAAGCAAGGAGUUUAUUUGCAGCCGACAGCAGUGGCCUUUCGGACCCCUUUGCACGAGUCUUCUUCAUCUCCCAGAGCCAAUGCACCGAGGUUCUCAAUGAGACCCUUUGCCCAACCUGGGACCAGCUGCUGGUCUUUGACAAUGUGGAGCUCUAUGGAGAAGCCCAUGAGAUGCGGGAUGACCCUCCCAUAAUUGUCAUUGAGAUCUAUGACCAGGACACAGUGGGCAAAGCCGACUUCAUGGGCCGCACCUUCGCCAAGCCGGUGGUGAAGAUGUCAGAUGAGGAGUACUGCCCCCCGCGCUUCCCCCCGCAGCUGGAGUACUACCAGAUCUACCGUGGCAACUCCACCGCCGGCGACUUGCUGGCUGCCUUCGAGCUGCUCCAGAUUGGCCCUGGGGGCAAGUCAGACCUGCCCCCAAUUGACGGCCCCACAGACAUGGACCGGGGCCCCAUCCUGCCGGUGCCACUGGGGAUUCGGCCGGUGCUGAGUAAAUACAGAGUGGAGAUCUUGUUUUGGGGGCUCAGGGAUCUGAAGAGAGUGAACCUGGCCCAGGUGGACCGGCCCCGUGUGGACAUUGAGUGUGCUGGGAAGGGAGUCCAGUCAUCCCUCAUCCAGAACUAUAAGAAAAACCCCAAUUUCAGCACUUUGGUCAAGUGGUUCGAAGUGGACCUCCCAGAGAACGAGCUGCUUCAUCCACCCCUCAACAUUCGGGUAGUGGACUGCCGGGCUUUCGGGCGUUACACCCUGGUGGGGUCCCACGCCGUCAACUCCCUCCGAAAAUUCAUCUACCGCCCACCAGAUAAGAAGGCUGAGCACUGGAAUAUGACAGCUAAACACUUCAACGGUUAUCUGGCAACGGCCAACAGGGCCCAUCGCUCUCGCCCCACAGGGGAGAUCGUUGUCAACAUGGAACCUGAGGUUCCCAUCAAGAAGAUGGAGACGAUGGUGAAGCUGGAAGCUAAUUCCGACGCAGUGGUGAAGGUGGACGUGACUGAGGAAGAGAAGGAGAAAAAGAAAAAGAAGAAGAAAGGAGGAGAAGAAGAAGAGGAAGUGGAAGAGGAGGAGGUGGACGAGAGCAUGCUGGACUGGUGGUCCAAGUAUUUUGCUUCAAUUGAGACGCUGAAGGAGCAACUCCGGCAGCAGGAAGCAGCCGCAGCAGAAGCAGAGGAGAAGGAAGAACUGGAGAUUGCAGAGGAAAUCAAACUUGAUGACUCUUCCAUGAAAGGGUCCAAGGGUCAGGCGAAGAACAAGGAGAAGUCCAAGGCACCCAAAGAGGAUAAGAAAAAGAAGCAACAGUCAGGCCCCGAGCUUCCUGAGAAGGAGAAGAACAAGAAGCAGAAGGUUGACGAACUGAAGAUCUUCCACAAGGAGCUGGAAGCAGAGUUUGAUAACUUUGAGGACUGGCUGCACACCUUCAACCUGCUCCGUGGGAAGAUUGGGGACAACGAUGACAAUUCAUCAGAAGAGGAGCGAAUAGUGGGGAGGUUCAAAGGCUCCAUGUGCGUCUACAAAAUGCCGCUCCCUGAUGAUAUCACCAAGGAGGCAGGAUACGACCCCAACUUCGGCAUGUUCCAGGGGAUCCCCAGCAACGACCCCAUCAACGUGCUGGUCCGAGUCUAUGUGGUACGGGCCACGGACCUUCACCCAGCUGACAUCAAUGGGAAGGCUGACCCCUAUAUUGCCAUCAAGCUGGGGAAGACGGACAUCAAAGACAAGGAGAACUACAUCUCCAAGCAGUUGAACCCUGUCUUCGGAAAGUCCUUUGACAUCGAGGCCACCUUCCCCAUGGAGUCCAUGCUGACGGUCGCCGUGUACGACUGGGACUUGGUGGGGACUGACGACCUCAUUGGAGAGACCAAGAUCGAUCUGGAGAACCGCUACUACAGCAAGCACCGAGCUACUUGCGGGCUGUCACAGUCUUACUCCAUAUAUGGUUAUAACACCUGGCGUGACCCCAUGAAGCCCUCCCAAAUCCUGUCCAAGCUGUGCAAAGAGGGCAAGGUGGACGGGCCGCACUUUGGGCCAGGAGGAAGAGUGAAAGUUGCCAACAGGGUCUUCACUGGCCCCACGGAGAUUGAAGAUGAAAAUGGCCAGAAGAAGCAGACAGAUGAGCACCUGGCCCUGACUGUGCUGCGUCACUGGGAGGACAUCCCCCGGGCGGGCUGCAAGCUGGUCCCCGAGCACGUGGAGACGCGGCCGCUGCUGAACCCUGACAAGCCGGGCAUCGAGCAGGGUCGCCUGGAGCUGUGGGUGGACAUGUUCCCCAUGGACAUGCCAGCGCCCGGCCCUGCCAUUGAUAUUUCUCCUAGGAAACCAAAGAAAUAUGAGCUUAGAGUGAUAGUGUGGAACACAGACGAGGUCAUCCUGGAGGACGACGACUACUUCACUGGCGAGAAAUCCAGUGACAUUUUUGUCAGGGGGUGGCUGAAGGGGCAGCAGGAGGACAAGCAAGACACGGACGUCCAUUACCACUCGCUUACCGGUGAAGGCAACUUCAACUGGCGCUACAUCUUCCCCUUUGACUACCUGAUGGCGGAGGAGAGGAUCGUCAUCUCCAAGAAGGAGUCCAUGUUCUCCUGGGACGAGACCGAGUACAAGAUCCCGGCUCGCCUCACCCUGCAGGUCUGGGAUGCUGACCACUUCUCGGCCGAUGAUUUCCUCGGGGGCAUCGAGCUGGACCUGAACCGCUUCCCCCGGGGAGCCAAGACGGCGAAGCUGUGCAGCCUGGAGAUGGUGACGAACGAGGCAGAGAUGCCCAUGGUCUCCAUCUUCAAGCAGAAGCGGGUGAAGGGCUGGUGGCCGUUGGUGGCCAGAGAUGAUGAUGAUGAGCUGGAGAUCACCGGGAAAGUCGAGGCUGAACUGCACCUUCUGACGGCAGAGGAGGCAGAGAAAUCCCCCGCUGGGCUGGCUCGCAACGAGCCCGACCCACUGGAGAAACCCAACCGCCCGGACACGUCCUUCAUCUGGUUCCUGAACCCGCUCAAGGCCAUCAAAUACCUCAUCUGCACGCGCUACAAGUGGCUCAUCAUCAAAAUCGUGCUGGCCCUCUUGCUCCUCAUGAUGAUCGCCCUCUUCCUCUACAGCAUGCCAGGCUACAUGGUCAAGAAGCUGCUGGGUGCCUGAAGGGUGGGAGCCUCGCCCGUGCCCCCAGCCCCACGGCGCAACCUUCCCCGGCCCCACGCCUUUCUCCUCCCCGCAGCCUCUCAGCAGCUCCGGGGGACGUCUCCUCCCUGCUGCUGCUGGGUCUCCUCUUUUGCGUUCCUCCUUUGCGGGUCCCAUUUGUGGCUUUAGUCCCAGAGAGCUGGGGCUGGAGGGCGGCGGCGAUCCCGAGGCCGCGCACCCCUCCGCGGGGCUGGCAGAGGUGCCCGGGUGGCUACUGCGGGGCUGGGGGUCUCGUAGACCCUCUGGGGCCGUGGCCAGUGCCCUCCCGGGGAGCUGAGCCCCAGGGGAAGGGGAGGCAGAGCUGGGGCUGCAUCCAAAGGCUCUUUGGAGGGACAGACAGUGACAAGGCUGAAGCAGGGACCUGGGUGGGAGCAGCCGGGGCCACCCCAGCCCCACCAGUGUGGGGACGAGCCCCAGAGCAGCCCCGAUGCCUGUGUGUGUUGUCGUCCCCCCCUCCCCGCCACCUGCCCUGUCCCUGCUCCGCUCAUGGCUCUGGGGGUCUUUGCCCGUCCCACCACGGGGGACACCAGGCAUCGCACCCCCACGGCUGCCGAGACCCCGCUGAGAGCCCUGGGGCUGGGCACGGGGCAGAGCCUGCCCUUCCCUCCCCACAGCUCUGGCAGAGGCAGGGAGGGCUCCAGCAGCUCCAACAUCUGCCCGAGGUCACCGACCAGGAGAGGCUGGACAGAGGCUGGACAGCCCCGGGGCGCACAGGGAGACAGGGGCUCUGCCACAGCCUGAGCUCCCCGGGGCCUUCUCCGUUCUCUGCUGAUUUGUUUUGGAUUUCUGUGUAUUGCGGCUGGAGUCUUUCUUCAGCAUAUCUCAGGGAAGGGCUCCUUUCUCAGCUCUCUGAAAUAUUCCGCUGCUGAAAAGCCGCCUUUCUCAGCUUGAAGUGUGCAAGACCCUCACUGAAUAAUCGACAUCUCGGGGAUGUUUUUAGGAUACUUACCUUUUAAUCAGUCAAUAAAAAUCAGCUUUCACUUC